AUGGACGAAUCGGUUUGUGCUCCGACGGCGAAUCUUUUCAUUUCAUACACUCCAUUUCAAUUGGCUCUCUCGUUUCAUGUGAUUGUCAGUGGAGUUACGCUAUUUCUAAUCAUUCCGGUGAUUCAAGAGGUCAAAAAGUCGUACUUUCAUCCAAAUUGUAAGAUUCUUCUCAUCUACCUCCUCAUUUGGUUUAUCCUUCACGCACUCAGCAUGGGUUUCACCAUGACCCUUUUCGCCUUUAUGACGUACAGCUACAUUCUCGAGAAAGAAGAUUUCUCUUCAAUGGUUCCAUAUUGUACUCUCGGCAAUCAAUAUACUCUUCCACAUCUUGAUCUCUGGUUUCGAUACACUCCAAUUGUGGAUAUCAGUUGUUUGCUGAUUAUGCUAAUUCUUGCAUUCCGGAAUGGGAAAGCAAAAAAGUUUGAGAUAAAA